CCAGUCUUCCCUCUACCCAGUGAAACUGCAUCAAAAUGUCUCUCUAUCCUUCCCUGGAAGAUCUGAAGGUGGACAAAGUUAUUCAGGCUCAGACUGCCUUUUCUUCAAAUCCAGCUAAUCCAGCAAUCUUGUCUGAGGCUUCUGCUCCUAUUCCUCACGAUGGAGGUUUAUACCCCAGGUUGUAUCCAGAGCUCUCACAGUACAUGGGCCUGAGCCUCAGCGAGGAAGAGGUGCAGAGGAACUUGCCCGUGGCAGCAGCAGCUCAGCCCCAGGGUCAACUGGUAACACGACCUUCUACUAAUUACAUGGUAGCUCCAGUGACUGGGAAUGAUGUUGGAAUUCGCAGAGCAGAAAUUAAGCAAGGCAUCCGGGAGACAAUUUUGUGUAAAGAUCAGGAUGGCAAAAUUGGACUUCGCCUGAAGUCCGUUGACAAUGGUAUAUUUGUCCAGUUAGUUCAGGCAAACUCUCCAGCAUCCCUCGCUGGUCUGCGGUUUGGGGACCAAGUUCUGCAGAUCAAUGGAGAGAACUGUGCAGGAUGGAGUUCUGAUAAAGCACACAAAGUUCUGAAACAGGCUUCUGGAGAAAGGAUUUCGAUGAUCAUUCGGGACAGGCCCUUUGAACGGAUUAUUACUAUGCAUAAGGACAGCACAGGGCACGUUGGUUUCAUAUUCAAGAACGGCAAAAUCACCUCAAUAGUGAAGGACAGUUCUGCUGCCAGAAAUGGACUGCUUACAGAGCACAACAUCUGUGAAAUCAACGGCCAGAAUGUCAUUGGAUUGAAGGACCCCCAGAUCGCAGACAUCUUGGCAACAGCGGGAAAUGUCGUGACCAUCACUGUCAUGCCUUCCGGUAUUUACGAGUAUAUAAUAAAGAGGAUGGCAACUAGCAUUAUGAAAAGCCUGAUGGAUCACUCUGUUCCUGAGGUCUAAGCUUGCAACCUGUAUGUGUGUAGAUAGAACAAUGAUUCCACUAAACUCGGGCUGUUCUACUCAGUGAUUUCUUUCUUCUGCACGUGAGCCUCUCUGGAGGCUACGAGAAGAUAAUGCUGCAGCAGGCACUUGCAUCUCUAAUGGCUGGGAAUGUUACAGGUCAACAUAUCUCGUUUUAUUCACAAACUGUAAAACUUGUAGCCUUACAUGCUUGACAAAUGUGAAAUUCCAAUCACGCUACGACUCCUUUUGGUAGGACUUUUGGUUCACUACUACUACAAGCCAUUGCAACUACAGGGACUGGGUAUCCCUUGCAAAG